AGUAGACGUGUUGACUCUUAGCAAGCAACAACUUAAAAUACCAGUAAAACAUGAAACAUUUAAUUAUUUUGGCAGUGUUUGUGGCUUUUGUUUCAGCAAUUGAUAUAGGAAAUGAUGAACCCUUAAGAAUGAAAUUGUAUGAUAAGCAAGUGAAUGUGAAUAAGGCGAGAUUCAAGAGAGGUGCAUGCGAAAAUGGCAAGAUUCCACCUUAUUGCUGCGAUAAUGGAUCAGCAAGCCCUUACUGUUGCGACAAUGGGUCCAAAAGUCCCUACUGCUGUGAUAAUGAGUCUUUAAGCCCUUUUUGCUGUGCAAAUGACUCUGAAAGAGAAGAUUGUAGCAUUGAUGAAGCAGUAGGAUGUGAGAAUGGACAACAACUGCCAUAUUGCUGUGAAAAUGGAUCAUCAAGUCCUUAUUGCUGUAUCAACAAUUCAACAAGUCCUUACUGCUGUGGUAAUAACUCUGAAAAACCUGAUUGUAGCAUUGAUGCAGCCAUAGGGUGUGAAAAUGGACAGGAGCUACCUUACUGUUGUGAAAAUGGAUCAUCAAGUCCUUAUUGCUGUAUCAAUAACUCGACUAGUCCUUACUGCUGUGGAAAUGGUUCUGACAAGCCAGAUUGUGGAAUUGAAGAAGAGAAUAUAGGAUGUGAGAAUGGACAGGAGCUUCCCUAUUGCUGUGAAAAUGGAUCUUCAAGUCCUUACUGUUGUAUCAACAACUCGACUAGUCCUUACUGCUGUGGCAAUAACUCUACAAAACCAGAUUGUGGUAUUGAGGAAGAGAUCAAAGGAUGUGAGAAUGGACAGGAGCUUCCCUAUUGCUGUGAAAAUGGAUCUUCAAGUCCUUACUGUUGUAUCAAUAACUCGACUAGUCCUUACUGCUGUGGCAAUAACUCUACUAAACCAGAUUGUGGUAUUGAAGAAGAGAUUAAAGGAUGUGAGAAUGGACAAGAGCUUCCCUAUUGCUGUGAAAAUGGAUCUUCAAGUCCUUACUGUUGCAUCAAUAACUCGACUAGUCCCUACUGCUGUGGCAAUAACUCUACUAAACCAGAUUGUGGUAUUGAGGAAGAGAUCAAAGGAUGUGAGAACGGGCAAGAGCUUCCCUAUUGCUGUGAAAAUGGAUCUUCAAGUCCUUACUGUUGCAUCAAUAACUCGACUAGUCCUUACUGCUGUGGCAAUAACUCUACAAAACCAGAUUGUGGUAUUGAGGAAGAGAUCAAAGGAUGUGAGAACGGGCAAGAGCUACCUUAUUGCUGUGAAAAUGGAUCUUCAAGUCCUUACUGUUGUAUCAACAACUCGACUAGUCCUUACUGCUGUGGCAAUAACUCCACUGAGCCAGAUUGUGGCAUUAAGAAAAAGGUAAUAAAAGGUUGUGAGAAUGGACAAAAAUUACCUUAUUGCUGUGACAAUGGAGCUAAUAGUCCCUACUGCUGUAUUAACAACUCAACAAGCCCCUAUUGCUGUUCAAAUAAUUCUUUAAGUCCUUACUGCUGUCCAAAUGACUCGCCAAAAGAAGAUUGUAGUGUUCAUUAGAGAAACAACCUUUGGGAUAACCUUGAAAUAGCAAAAACAACUUUAAAUGGUGAAAGUUUAUAGUUUAAAAUUCAUGGAAAAAAUUUAAUAAAUCAU